AUGAAGAAGCGGUCUCCCGGUCCGGGUACGGAGGCCAAUACUACAGUGGUUGAGAAUAAUACUGCUUCAGUGGGCUCGGCUACCAUUUCCACUGUGACUCUCGUCGAAGGAGCUUGUUCCCAGAGGACAGACCGUUCUGAUAUAGACACCGAGAGAAUGACCUUACGGGAAUCCGGGACGGAAUUCUGGGUAACUCUGGCACACGAAGAUGUUGAAGCGCACACGGCCGAGACAUUCUCGACAAUCGAGCCGCUAGCCUAUAAACACACAGAAAGCCAGCAAAAUCAUCUCAGCUAUCUUCAGGAAAUUCAUAGUCCGCCAAUGACCUCGAUUAUUACAUGUGAAUUGGCCGAACACCACACUGGUUUCCCCAGCUUGGGCACAGAAGAAGUGCUAGAAGAUGGCCCUAAUUCACUGUGCUCUGCUUCAAAUAAAUACGAUUCUCAAUUUGACGAGGCUAGGUCAGACAUUCCCGAUGCCGACACCGAGGUCAUGACCUCGCCGGAAUUUUGGGCGAAUGUAGCACACGAGAACGCAGACUGCGCAGUCUCGACAAUUAGACCGCCAGCAUUUGAGAAUAGAAUGCUUAGAGUUAAUGCGACCACCGAAACGCAAGUUAUCACUUGA